AUGGGUGCCGAUUCUUUGAUUGAAGCAUUGUCCAAUCAGCUAACGAUCCCUCACUUAAUCCAACUCCACCAAUCACUCACCGCCUCACGUCUGAAAACUGAGGCGGAUAUUCAAUCCAGAUUGCAACGCUGUGGCUCAGAACUCCAAUCCGAAAACAGUCGAAUUUUUGGACAAUUACUGUCUACCACAAGUUUCCGGGCUACUCGGAAAAAUGAUGCAAAUAUUAGGACAAAAACCACGGAACAACAAAGAACUGUAGAAAACUGGAAUGAGGAAGGCUAUAAAUCAAAGGUGAAUUCCUCUAUCUUGAUGGAGGUAGAGGACACUGGGUAUCUGCCAAGUUCUCCUAAUUCGGAUCACGCUAGGGUUAUUUGCGAUACGUAUAAUGAAGCAGCUUCUGAUCUUACAAUUCCGAAACCUGAACUUAUCACGAGUUCCCAAUUCAAUAACCACAGUAAAACAAACGAUCUUCCCAACCCAAUUUCAUUGACCUCUGAGUCUGCCAGGACUUUGAUCGGAAACACACUCGUAAAAAGUGCCGCAGUGGCAACAUUGCUCCAUGCAAAAUUGCCUUCAAUCAAUUCAGAUUCAGUUACCACUCGAAGCAGGUCCGCACCGACCGUUUUUACGGAUACCGAGAAUCACCCUCACUUGGAGACUGAGCGUCGAUUUGGUCUUUACGCGACAGCAUCGAAUCCUGAAAAAGCGCCACAUGGCGUGAACAGUGUAAGUUCUCUCGGAUGCUUUCUACUUAACACCGAAUUUUUCGCAAAAGGGUUGUAA